AUGAGUUUGGAUGAUGUUUUUCAAUCUGAUAAGCAAUUGUUUGUAAGCAAACCUGUAUUAUUGAGGAAUUUCCUGGUGGAAAGUGUUGAAGCUAGAAGAUCGCUUGAGAAACAGACCAAUCAGAAGAAACACUCAAAAAAGAAUUUGCAGGAAAAAUUUGAAACACUGGUGAGGCCCUCCUUUUGCUCGGCAGAAAAUAUUUGGUCAAGCCUUGAAGAAUUCAAUAACCAUUACAAGAACAAACAAGAGCGAGAGGUAUUCGAAUUAGAUGCUCCCAUCUCCUCUUUUCCCAAUGUGAAUCUUAAAACUCUGAAAAUUUUGAAAAGUGAGCGGCACAAACGGUUGAACACACAGUACAAGUCUGUAUCGCUACGAUUAUUGAAAUAUGACAUGGUUGAUGAGAAAUUCUUCUCCUACAAACCCUCAAGUACCUAUGUUCAGAAACAUGCUGAUCUAGAUCAGCCGACGUUUUGUUACGAACAACAUGAUGUUGUUUCGUCAUCUGUGAAAUUAGAGUAUGAAAAAAAUUCUUUCGAUGCAAAUGCAGAGAGCUGUCCUCCAUCUGAUUUCGCUCUAUCGGAAGAGGAAAUGCGCAGCGAUAACCUUUUUUGGGGAAAAGAUGAUCUAAUCACUUCUGUUUCCAUAUUUGUUGGAUAUGCUCGUGAAUUACGAAAACAUGAGAUACGUAUGGGCAGGCUUCUCAAAGUGACCGAUAAGAUACUCUUGUCUGGACAAAAUACGCUGUAUGAACUGAGGCAAUACGUGAGUUGUCCCCAGGAUUUUAUGUUCUCUAUGAAAGAAGAUGCAACGGGCUUCCAACACCCAGAUAUGAACCUGUUUUCGUUCCCGUCCUCUUUUUUCUUCAUUCACGAUACCUUCUAUAUUGACGAUAUAACACCUAAUGCUGUCGAUUUAACAGAAACUAUAAGAAUGUGGGCUAAACGCAAAAGCAACAUCGGACCGAUGAAAUUGAGCCGCAUGAGUGAAACGAAAAUCAGAGACAUAACAGCACGCUUGGGUCAGCCUUAUGUAUUCGUUCAUUCGGGAACAUGCGAACAUCUUUUAUGUUUCAAUGACUUAUGGUUAAGAUCUCUCUCUGACGUAGCUGGUCCCUUCCCUUUCAAAUUAGUGAAAAGAAACUCCAAAUGUUUGAGUUGUGCUGGCUGUAGGAAGAAAACUGCCGAAUGGAGAGUUGAGGAGAGUAACCAACUGCCUCAAAGUCCCAUGUUUUUUUGCAAUGAAUGCUAUAGAGAAUUCCUAUUUGAUGAAAAUGGAAACAAGUUCGGACAAUUUAGUUCCAUUCCUUAUUUGGAUAGACAAGUAAUGGAUGAAGCGGGAGUUUUCUAUCAAAAACUUCGGAAACAGUUCAAGAAAUGCGAUUUGUAA